CCACCAGCAGAGGCUCAUUCAGUGUACUGAGCCUAGGAGGACGCCUGCAGCCAAAAUCCUCUUCCUGGCUUUCAAAAGCUGGAAAGGUUCUGCUCUGUGCUGGUGGAGAUUGGCUUGGUAGACGACAAGCUGUCACUUAGCACAGAGCAGCGGAACAGGGUGCUUGAAGCCUGGAAUGCCAUGGAAGAGCAUGACAAACAUCCACAGCAGUUCAACCAGCUGUACAAAUCACAUUGGGGCAACACCCUUUACUGCCGCACUAAAAGAGAUGACCCCUUCGAGGCUACUGUAGUACAGCGGGUGAAGAUGGCCAAGCGGUACGCUCCAGCCCAACAUGACAUCAGCGCGCAGCACAACAGAAUGAUGUACACACUGGUGAAACUGUUGUGGCUGCACUCACCUCAAGGGUCUCGCACCAGCCCUGAGAAGACCUUUAUCUUAAAGGUGUACCAGCGAAUCCAGCACCGGAUUUUGGUGGAGGAUCCAGUUCUGUGCAAAGCUGGCAUUCCUCUGCCAAAGAUCAACACAAAGACCGUGCGGGACUUCAUUCGUCGCCAAGAGAGGCUUCUCAACAUGCGCGCAACAAAACAGCCUUUAACCAUCACAAAGACCACCUCCAUCUCAUCCGCUGACCUACCUCCGGCACCACACCAGCCAGCGGUCCUCCCUGCACCAGACUACCCCCUGAUGGAAUAUGUGCCCACACCCAGCACAGCAGGCACAAAGGUGUUAAAGGAAAGGACAGAUGUGGUGAUUCCACUCUCCCGGCCUCAACCACUACUGUCGGCACCACUGAGGAAAACCCCCCCCGACUUCUACCAUCACCAGACCUGUGACCUCCCUCUCUGCAUCUGCAGCAGCCCCUGUGAUUGCUGGUCCCUUCAUACAGCCCAUGAUGCUCGCCAGUGCGUCAGCUCCUCUGAUUGCUGGCCCCUCCACACAGCCCACAAUGCUUGCCAGUCAGUCAGCUCCUGCGAUUGUUGGUCUGCCCACCUCAUCCUGUGCAUCUUUGCCCAUGAUGCCCGCUUCCAAGACUGAAAGCACAUUCCACAGCACUGACAGUCCUUCAGCGUGGGCGAGAGCUACGCAGUAUAAGCGUAAACUGAAGGAAGCCCUCUCAGGUGUUGGAGAGAAACUAUCACGGAUACAAAAUCUCCCUGUUUGUACACUCUGUGGCCAACCGACCCAGGGACACAAGAAAAAAAAA